AUGAAGAAUACAAAAGAUUUCGAUGAUUUUAAAAAGAGUCAUAUUAUAGAAAAUCCAAGUAACUCGAAGAAAAAUAACGAAGCAGCAGAAUCUUGUCACAAUCAAAAUGCGGCUGUAAAAAUUGGACAAGAGUGCUUUUUAAGCAGCAUGCAAAAUUCAAAUAAGGCUUAUGAAAAAUUGAAGCUACCGUACGUUUUGAACGGUUCAUCUGAUAUACAUUCGCCAUAUAUGCAACUUCAACCUACAGAAACACAGGCCCAUUAUUUGAUGGAAUUAGCUAAACGGUUAUUAACUGAAGCUGGUGGGAGUCAGACUACAGCAAUUUUUAAUGCUUCUCAAAAUAUGAGUUUAUCCAAUAAUAAUACUCAUUCAGGUCCUCAUCGUCUUUUGCAUAUAUGCUCUUUCCUGAUUGGUCUUUAUGCUUUGGCUGUCAAUAAUAUGGUGUCGCCUAGCUGGCAAACUCGUACUUAUAGUGCAAACGUUAGUUCAGCUGCAAUUAAGACUAUUGAACGAGUAUGGGAAGUAUUGCUAACACCUACGGAAGUUGUUGCUCUUGCAGACAAAGCUAGUCAGUGCAGAGAUCCAGCGACAGUUGAAGCCGCAGCUAAGUUAGCUCUAAGUGUGUUGCCUAAGGCCUAUUCACUCAGUGCAUCAGAAAUUCAUCGUGCCUUAAACCAAUGUAAGGAACAAAAUUCAGAAAUGCUUGAAAAGGCUUGUAUCGCAAUAGAAGAAGCAGCAAGUAAAGAUGGUGUAUAUCCAGAAGUGUUGUUUAAAGUAGCACGUUAUUGGUAUGAAUUAUUUUGUGAGUGUGAACCUGUAGUAUCUACUACAUCUUUUUCGUCCGCAAAUUCAAAUCCUACAGUGACGACGGUCGCAACAUUGUUACAUCCUAUUAUUUCUUCUAGUCCUGUUUCUUUUCAUAAUGAUAUUUUAUUAUCAUUAUUUGGACAACCUUAUCAGAAUAUUCUUCCGCACGCUUCGAUUGUAAAUUCAGCACAGCGGCCUAGAAUGCCUCCACCUCCUAUGCCAACUUCAACUCACCAGUCUUCUUUCAUUGUUCAUACUACAUCUGUAUCACAACAGCAGCCAUUUAUUUCUUUUUUCUCUCGAACACGACCAAGAUCAUCAAUUCCCAUCGCAUCUACAUUCGAUGAAACCAUGAAGUCUCCACGGCCAGUUCCUACAUCGUAUCCUCCUCCCCGACCUUCCCUUCCUCUCUCUGCUGUGUCUGCUUUGCAUAACACACCUCGAUCUUUGCAUAUCAGUCAUUCUGCACCAGACCUUGAUCCAGUUCAACUCAUUACUCGCAAAUCCAUGCACAACUAUAGAUGGAAUGAAAUCGGUAAAGACCAGUUGAACAUUGAUCAAGUGCCAAAUUUUCUUUGCUUCAAAAGUUCAGGAUACCUCUGA